AUGGUUCGACAUAUUUUUUCUUGGCUCUGGGCCAUUCCUGCUCUGGCCCAAGUUCAGAGCUUUUAUCCUCAAGGCCACGAUGAGAUCACUUAUAGCUUCAAUGUUCCCGAUAAUACUUCCAAAUCGGGGUCGGGCCCCAUAUACUUCCAGAUGAAUUCUACUCGCCAAGUGCAGUGGUUUGCCUUGGGCCAAGGAAGACAGAUGGCAGGCGCCAAUAUGUUUGUCGUAUAUACGUCUGGCAACACUGUUACCGUUUCCCCGCGGUCGGGUGUCGGGGAAAUUGAACCAUUGUAUAACAAGGAUGCUCAUAUUACAAUUCUGAAUGGCAGCGGUGUGCACGACGGAGUCAUCACUGCCAAUAUCCAAUGCGAUACCUGCCUGAAAUGGAAUGGGGGAACAGAAAAUGUGAACAGCUCUUCAAGUCCGUGGAUUUGGGCCAUUAAAUACGGAGAAUCCCUAAAUUCGGCCAGCCUAUCCGAGGAUAUCACGCAUCAUGAUGAUCAUGGUGUUAUGACCAUCGACCUGCAAAAAGCGACGGGUGGCAGCUCAGUGAACCCCUUCGCCCAAAUGGCCCGACCGGCAAUCUCGCCCAGCAAAGAAGAUCCACAUGAUGCGGCGUUCCGAAACACAAUCCAUAGGAAAAAGACGGCUCAUGCUGUGCUCAUGGUUUUGGCCUUUGUGGUCAUGUUCCCUUUCUUCGCACUUGGACUCCAUGUUUUCCCAUCGAAAUGGACGGUGAAUAUUCAUGGAACGUUUCAAAUCCUCACUUUGGGCGUGGCAAUUGCGGGCCUUGGAGUUGGUGUUUCAAUGGCACGGCAGAUUGAAUUGAUCGAUUCUUACCAUACCAUCCUCGGGAUGGUCAUUGUCGCAUCCCUUGCUCUUUUUCAGCCUGCUAUGGGCGUGUUGCAGCAUAUAUUCUUCCGAAAGACGGGUAGGAAAGGACCUUUCGCUUAUAUGCACCGCUGGUUUGGACGAUUGAUGAUAAUACUGGGUAUCAUCAAUGUUGGGCUUGGGUUUAAACUUGCCAACGGACCGCGUGAGGCCAUCAUCGCAACUUGUGUUGUUGCUGGGGUGGCAUUGACCCCCACUGUCCUCCAUACUCUCAUCAGCCACUACCUGCAUCGCAAAUCGCUACAUGACAAACCCACCGUUCAUGUCACCUACGAUGAAGGUAUCCAAAUCGUUCGCCAAUUCCUAUUCUAUGCGUCUAAACACCCCGUCGAAGAUCUCCAGGCGUUCACUCGCCAAUGGGUCCCAAGCCCACAUUGGGUGAAAACUGAGACCGUCACAAUCCCCGACGAGUUCCUGUCCUCUGCUGCAGAUGCUGUCACAAAGCAGCUGGGCCCCAAGGGUGUCAUGCGAGUGGGGGGAGAGAAAUGGUGGCAAUGGCGCGGGCCGUCUGAACAGCUGAAGGGCGAGUGGAUUGAGAUGCGGAGCCACUACAAUCAAACGGAUGGGGCCGGCAGGCAUUGUAACCGUGUGAUGCUAUAUAUUCAUGGUGGGGCCUAUUUCUUCGGAAGUGUGGACACCCAUCGGUACAUGAUGCAGCGCCAUGCGCGCAAGCUGAAGGGACGUGUAUUUGCACCAGAGUAUCGACUAUCGCCACAGUUCCCUUUCCCAUGUGGCCUACAUGACUGCAUGGCAGCUUAUCUCUGGCUGCUCAAGUUCCACGAGCCAAAGGAAAUCAUUCUUGCUGGUGAUUCUGCGGGUGGUGGCAUGGCUCUAUCGAUGCUAGUCAUCAUGAGAGACCAAGGUAUUCCCUUACCUGCGGGCGCCAUCUUGAUCUCACCUUGGGUUGAUUUAACACACUCUUUCCCGAGUAUUGUUAAGGACAACCCAGGCGAUUAUGUGCCUGCUUAUGGCUUCCGACAUAAACCCUCGUCUGCUUGGCCUCCUCCCAAUGCCGAUGAUAUCCUAGAAAUGAAAAGAAUAUCGCGCCAACCAAUAGUGACUGCCGAGGAUGUUAAAAAAGCCAUUCCCCAACCGAACAGCACUGCUGAAGAGACUGCCAUCCGUGGCUAUACUGUCCAUGAGAACACGCCACCCCCAGCCGAACCUGCCUACCCUGGCCUGCAGCAAGCCCCGAAUCCCGCUAGUUUGCAUGCCGAACCCGAUAACAUUCAUGUUGUAUUGGAAGGGGAGACAGUCGAACUCAAGGACCAAAUCCAGUUGUACACGACGAACCAGCUCAUGUCCCACCCUCUUGUUUCUCCAGUCCUUCAACCCUCUCUGGGUGGCCUGCCCCCUCUACAAAUAUUGAGCGGCGGUGGUGAGGUACUUCGUGACGAGCAAUUCUACGUAGCCCACAAAGCAGCCAAUCCGAAAGCAUACCCACCAAGUGACGUAUAUCUUGAUGAAAAUGAUCCCACCCGGGAGACCUUGAACAAGUAUGAACCAACUUAUGUACAACUUCAGGUCUGGGACAACCUAUGCCAUGUCACUCCCACUCUGAGCUUUACACGACCAGCCAAGUACAUGUUCCGUUCCAUUGCCCAGUUUGGCUCUUGGGCGUUGGCGCGUGCACAGAAUGGCGAAGUCGAAAUUGCGGAUGAUAGUGCUCUUUCGGCUGUUUCGUCCAGCAGCUCAGAAGAUGAAGGUAUGCCGGGACCCCAAACCGCAUUAAACAUUCCGCCUGACGGGCCUGGGCCUUCGUCUGUUGGAAAGGCCGGGGAUCCUCUGCCAGGGUUCCAUGAAUACAUGAUACGCCAACGAAUCGAUAAACGGGGACAUGUCUUCCCGCUAGAUCCUCCCUCUUCCUACCCAUUGCUAGAUAUCCCCCCUGCAAAAAUUGGAGCAAUCAACCCCGUGCUCAUCCAAAUGUGGUUAGACGCAAAGAAGGAAUGGGAUAUUAGAUUUGCAAAGGAGAAGCUUCGGGUUCAGAGGCGCCGAUUGAAAGAGCUGUCGCAUGGAUUCCAAGACUUUGAUGGCGAAUGUCCUCCCCCAAGCUCUUUGGCCGCCCGGCGAACUGCUCCUGGCGUGCUACCAAAACGACAUGCGAAGAAGAACUACGGCAUGAUGAUGUGGAGCGGCUGGGGAAGCAGACAUGACGAGCGCAGAAUGGAAAUGGAGAAGCAGGCCGAGGAAUCGGGCAAACGUCCCACCCGUGUCAGCGUUGAUGCUGGGCAGGCUGGAGCAUGGUCUAGUGCUCCGGCGACGAAUCCUCAAACCGAAAAAGCCCUAGAUAAAGGGCCUAGCAACAACAAUCCGCAGUCUAACGGCUACACGGCAGUUAGCAAGGAUAAAAGCGAUGACUCUAAUAGCGGUCGUUCUUCUACUGAGCGCAUAUCCACAGAUCCUGGGACUGUCUCUCGACCUCUCUCGGAGAAAGGUGCUGGCCCGAUUCUUAUCUUGCCCGAGGUGAACAACAACAAAUUCAAAGAUGAGAAUGCCAGCACGAGGGGUCUUUUUCAUGCAGCAGGAACUCUCCCAAUGAAAUCUGAUAUCUCACUGGCUCACAGUAGAUACCGGCCAUCAUCUGUUGCAGGAUCCGCUAGCCGAAGCGAGGUGAUGUCUGAAACUGGCAGUACUGUUGGUGGCGAGAAAGACUCCGUCGCCUACAUGAACAUGGCAUCAGACACCGCUAGCACCCGCGCUGUGCUAAGCGCGCGGGGUGUUAUUGCCCCAAUUAUGGCUGGCGAGAAUGGCCGUCGCUCUACAGAUACUCUAUCUGUGCUCUCUGUGGCUGGUCGAGACUCCAUGUCGCACCGUCCUGAGAUGGUGGACAGAGAUGCUUUCAAAACCGCCGAGUAA